CAUUUUCGCCGAACACUGCUUGCAGGGAGAAGCCGCGGAUUUGGCUGUUCGUAGCUAGUAAGCUAGCAUUAAUGCACACAUUUCUGUGUCUUUAGGAAUGUCUUACCUUUAAUACACAGAACGUUCACCUUUAGAUCAUUCAAAAUGAACCUUGACAGACUUAGAAAACGAGUACGACAGUACAUUGAUCAGCAUCAGUAUCAAAGUGGUCUGUUUUGGGCCGAUAAGAUAGCAUCCCUUUCUCACGAAGAUCCCCAAGAUAUCUACUGGCUUUCUCAGUGCCUUUAUCUCACCUCACAGUACCACAGAGCCUCACACGCCCUGCGUUCACGGAAGCUUGACAAAUUGUAUGGAGCUUGUCAGUAUCUUGCUGCUAGGUGCCACUAUGCUGCCAAAGAGUUCCAGCAGGCCUUGGAUAUCCUGGAUGCAGAGGAGCCAGCUAAUAAGAAACUACUGGAUAAAAGCAGAAAGGAAGAUAGCGGGACAGAGUCUUUAAAGGAUUGGGGGAUGUCCCCUGCUUCUAUCAGUAGCUCCAUCUGCCUCCUGCGGGGGAAAAUCUAUGAUGCCAUGGACAACAGGCCUCUGGCCACCUCCAGCUACAAAGAGGCCUUGAAACUCGACGUGUACUGCUUUGAAGCAUUUGACCUUUUAACAUCUCACCACAUGUUGACUGCACAGGAAGAAAAAGACUUCCUUGACUCGCUUCCUUUUAGUCAGCAGUGCACUGAGGAAGAGGAGCAGCUGUUGCACUUCCUUUUUGAAAAUAAAUUAAAAAAGUAUGACAAGCCCAGUGAUUUGGUGGUGCCAGAAAUGGUAAAUGGUCUUCAGGACAACUUGGAUGUAGUCGUGUCUCUUGCCGAGAGACAUUAUUAUAACUGUGACUUCAAGAUGUGCUACAAACUCACGUCAAUGGUGAUGGUAAAAGACCCAUUUCAUGCCAACUGUUUGCCAGUUCACAUAGGAACAUUGGUGGAGCUUGGAAAAGCAAAUGAGUUAUUUUACCUCUCACACAGACUUGUAGACCUGUACCCCAACAAUCCAGUUUCCUGGUUUGCUGUUGGCUGCUACUAUCUUAUGGUUGGUAACAAAAACGAACAUGCUCGGCGUUACCUCAGCAAAGCCACCACUCUGGAGAGAACCUACGGUCCUGCAUGGAUUGCGUACGGUCACUCAUUUGCAGUGGAAAGUGAACAUGAUCAAGCCAUGGCUGCCUACUUCACUGCUGCCCAGCUGAUGAAAGGGUGUCACUUACCCAUGCUCUAUAUCGGACUGGAGUACGGUCUAACUAACAACUCCAAGCUGGCGGACCGUUUCUUCAGUCAGGCUCUCAGCAUCGCUCCAGAUGACCCAUUUGUUAUACAUGAGGUGGCUGUGGUUGCAUUUCAAAACGGAGACUGGAAGACAGCAGAAAAGUUGUUUCUGGAUGCGAUGGAGAAGAUCAAGGCCAUAGGGAGUGAGGUUACUGUGGACAAGUGGGAGCCCUUGUUAAACAACUUAGGUCACGUUUGUCGAAAACUUAAAAAGUACGAGCGGGCUCUGGAGUACCACCGUCAAGCACUGGUGCUGAUCCCACAGCACGCCUCCACUUACUCUGCUAUAGGCUACGUGCACAGCCUCAUGGGAGACUUUGAAAGUGCUAUUGACUAUUUUCACACAGCUCUUGGACUGAAAAGGGAUGACACUUUCUCUGUGACGAUGCUCGGUCAUUGCAUUGAAAUGUACAUUGGUGACACAGACGCCUACAUAGGCACGGACAUCACUGACAAGGUGCGAGGCAGCUUGAACACUCCAGCACUGAUGAAGAUGUUAAACACGUCAGAGUCUAGUGAACUUCUAGCUGAGUCGAGGCUGGAAGAGACGAGCGUGACGCCACUGGAAACUCCAGUGUCCAAUCAGGACAAGAUGAUGCUGGAGACGCCCCUCCGGCUCUCAUUAACCCUGGAGUGUAGUGACAUGUACGAGAGCGAAAUGAUGUUGGACACCCUAUCAGACACCAGCACGUGAUCUCAUCUUGUCAGGAGGUGGAACUGUUGUAGUAACAGGUUGUCAAUGAUACACACAUCCAAGCCCAAGAACCAUCUCAACCCACAGGUUUUAACUGGUGUGGAUUCCCUCUUUUGUGCACUAUAUAGUUGUCAUUAAACUUCAAAACUGAACAUUCAGUUGGAAAAGGUUUUGAAGAGAGGUUUGUGAAUUCAUACUCAUAACUUACGUAUACCGUAAUAACUAUGCAGAAUGCACUUUAAAGGGGGAAUAUUUAACACAUGCCUUGUUGAAGAGUUGUAAAUGUAUUACACUGGGAAUCUCUGGGCCUUUGACUCCUGAUUGACAAGAACAAACACAGCCUCAAAUCACAAGUUAAAGAUGACGUCACUUGUUACUGUCUGAGGCAGGACCUUUCCUGCUGCUUAACCUGUGGAUUUUCACUCUGAAUAAACAGCCAGCUAAUUCUAAUAAACAUUGGCCAACG